AUGGAGCAGUUCCUUGCUGCGCAGACACAGCUGUUGACUCAAAUGGCCAGCGUCAUGGCCAAUCUACAAGCUCAAGCGAACCAAGCUCCAGUACCACAGCCGCCACAGAGGGAUCGCUACCGUGACUUCAUGAGUCACAGACCUCCUACUUUCUCCCACUCACCAGAUCCUCUUCACGCCGAUGACUGGCUCAAGACCAUUGAAAAAAUACUGAACAUAGUUCAGUGUACAGACAGGGAGAAAGUACUGUAUGCUUCAGGUAGAUUGGAAGGAACUGCAGCAGACUGGUGGGAUGCUUAUACCGCCGCCCAUGCUUACCAAAACACCAUCACCUGGGAAGAGUUCAGGACUCAAUUUAGGGAGCACAACAUACCUGAGGGUUUGAUGAAGCUGAAGAGGCAAGAAUUUCUAGCUCUGAAGCAAGGUGAAAUGUCCGUAAGUGAGUAUCGGGACAAGUUCAUCCAGCUGUCCCGCUAUGCCUCCGCAGACGUGGCCACAGAUGGGCAGAAGUUUGAUAGCUUCCAAAAACUGGUGGACAAUGCCAUCGCCGUGGAGAAUGCUCGCAAGGAGAUGAGCGAGCAGAAGCGGAAGUUCGAGUCACAAGGCCAGUCUAGCAAUUCGCGCCCGCGCUUUGGACCCCCGCAAGGGCAUUUUGCGCACGCUUGCCCCAAGAGGAAUGUCCAGGGCACUCCGGGUCAGAACAAUAAUAGUGGGCAGAGACAGACCCCUCAACAGCCACAGCAGCAGCAGCAGCAGCCGAGAAACAACAACCAGACUCCCCAGGACAACCGUGGACAGCAGAACUACGUCCAUGGAAGGGUGAACCAUGUUGCCGCGGAGUCCACUCAGGAGGCACAGGAUGUUGUGUUCGGUAUGUUUCUAGUCAACUCAGCUCCUGCAUCAGUUUUAUUCGAUUCUGGAGCAACGCAUUCUUUCAUAUCUGCUCAGUUUGUAGCCAAGCAUUCUAUCCCUCUUUGCACUAUGCCUAGAACCAUGCUAGUAAAUUCACCUGGGGGAAAUAUGAAGGCUAUGUAUCGGUGUUUUGGGGUUAGAAUACAGAUCAUGGGCAGAGAAUUUGUGGCAAAUCCGAUAGUCCUGGAGUCUAGUGGUAUUGACAUCAUUCUUGGAAUGGGAUGGAUGACCAAGUAUGAUGAUGUCAUUCAAUGUGCCAAGAGAUCAGUGCUCCUCACUAGUUCAGCAGUUGAGAGGUUUGAGUUUGUUGCAACCCCUCCAACAUCAGCAGAUUGUACGGUGAAUCAGAUGAAGGCUGCUCUGAUAGAGGACAUCAGGAUAGCAUGCGAGUACUCAGAUGUGUUCCCCGAUGACUUGCCAGGUAUGCCACCUGAACGUGACAUUGAGUUCAUCAUAGAUCUUUUACCUGGCACUGCACCUAUUGCUAAGAGACCAUAUAGGAUGUCCGCUGGUGAACUAGAAGAACUUAAGAAACAAUCAAAGGAAUUGUUAGAUAAGAAAUUUAUUCGUGCUAGUUCGUCACCAUGGGGAGCACCAGUGAUCUUUGUUGACAAGAAGGAUGGUACACAGAGGAUGUGUGUGGACUACAGGUCAUUAAAUGAAGUUACUAUCAAGAACAAGUAUUCGUUGCCGCAUAUAGAAGAUUUGUUUGAUCAGCUGAGAGGAGCCAAGGUAUUCUCCAAGAUCGAUCUAAGGUCAGGGUAUCACCAGUUGAGGAUACGACCAUCAGAUAUUCCCAAGUCCGCUUUCACUACCAGAUAUGGGUUGUAUGAAUAUACGGUCAUGUCAUUCGGGUUGACCAAUGCACCAGCUUACUUUAUGUACUUUAUGAAUAAUGUGUUUAAGGAGUAUCUCGACAAGUUUGUAGUGGUGUUCAUCGAUGAUAUUUUGGUGUACUCCAAGAAUGAGGAGGAACAUGAGGAGCACUUGAGGCUUGUUUUGCAGAAGCUCAGGGAGAAUCAGUUGUAUGCCAAACUCAGCAAAUGUGAAUUCUGGUUGAAAGAGGUUUCGUUUCUUGGUCAUGUCAUCACAGAUGGAGGAAUUGCAGUUGAUCCCGGCAAGGUCAGAGAUGUGUUGAAGUGGGAACCACCUCAGACAGUGUCAGAAAUCCGGAGGAAAGCUAAUGUGGUUGUAGAUGCUUUGAGCCGCAAGAGCCAUGUAAAUGCAAUGAGAGUUAGGCAGAUGCCUCAAGAAUUGUGUUGGGAGUUUGAGAAACUCAACCUUGGUUUUGUUGGUCACACUAAGGGAAUCACUAUAGAAGUCGAGCCGACUCUUGAGCAAGAAAUACGGAAGGGUCAGCUUGAGGAUGAUAAGAUCAAGGAGACCAAGGAGCUGAUAAAAAGAGGCAAGGUACCUGAUUUUACAGAGGAUGAACAUGGAACUGUGUGGUUCAGAAAGAGGAUAUGUGUGCCAGAGGUGGAUCAUCUGCGAGAGAAGAUUCUAAAGGAAGCCCAUGAUUUAGCCUAUUCGAUUCACCCAGACAGCACCAAGAUGUACCAGGAUUUGAAAGAAAGAUUCAAGGUUAAGGGGAAGUUGUCACCUCGUUACAUCGGACCAUUCAAGAUCUUGGCCCGGAAGGGUGAAGUAGCUUAUGAGCUAGAGCUACUGGCCCGAUUGUCCGAUGUACACAAUGUGUUCCAUAUAUCGCAAUUGAAAAAGUGUUUGAGGGUGCCAGAGGAGGAAUUGACACUGGAGGAACUGAAUGUGCAGGAUGAUCUGACUCAUACUGAGUAUCCGGCCAAAAUUCUGGACAUGUUAGAGAGGAUUACUCAGAGUAAGAGGAUACGGAUGUGUAAGGUUCAGUGGAGUCAUCAUGCAGAGGAUGAGGCUACUUGGGAAAGAAAAGAUGAGUUAUAG